UUAAAGAACUGCAGAGAUGAAACCCAAAGCAGGAAGAAACAUGCCACCAAUGUACUGGAGGGGAACACACUGUGUCAUGUGAAUAGACAUGACAAAAACAGCCUUCUUUAAAUUACUUUUGGCAAUUGUGAUCGCAUUCAUUUUAAUUUUGCCAGAACAUUUUAAGACACCAAAAGGAAAUAUAUUGGAGCUAUCAUGUCUGGAAGUGUGUUUACAACCUAAUUUCAACUAUUCACUCCCCUCUUUAAAUUUUUCUUUUGUGACUUUUCUGAAACCAAUAAGAGAAACUCAGACUAUUAUGGGAAUCUUUCUAAAUCACUCCAACUUUCAAAACUUCACCAGAAUUUGCCAAGGCAUCACGAAUGAAUUUAAAAUGUGCUCCUCAUGUUUGGCUUGUGAGUCCACAAAACUCAUGGAUUUUAUUUCUCAGGAACAAACAUCAAAAGUUCUUACCAUGAAAGGAUCAACGGAAAUGAAGGCAAAUGACUUUCAUUCACCUUGUCGACAUUUUAACUUCACUGUAGCUCCUAUAGUUGACCACUUGGAAGAACAUAACAUUACAUGUAAUCUUAAAACCCGCACCAGAACGUCAGCAAUUGUGGAAGAAGAUCCAAAGGAGGAAAAGUCUAUGAACCAUACUUGUAGGAUUAUGGAAUACCUGAAUAAUUGUACACACAUUUCUCUGCACCUAGAAAAGGAUGUCAAAAAUUUCACUUGUUCCAUGAAGAUCACUUGGUAUGUUUUAGUUCUAGUCGUUUUUAUAUUUUUGCUCAUCCUCACUAUCCACAAAAUACUUGAAAGCCACAGAAGAGUGUGGAAGUGGCAGAGUCAUAAAUACGAACGUACAUUUGUUCUCUUAAAAGGAAAGGAUUCUGAGAAACUGCAAACACUGAACGUGCGGGUCAUUUCAGACAAAACCAUGCUGGGAGUCAAAUCACGGCCAAGGCUUGCUUGGGACCAAGCAGAGACUGCCCUUGACUCCGGUCAAGAAAGCGCUUCCUCCAAUACCAGAACUAGAAGUUACUUCCACGAUGCAUCUGCAAGAUCAGUAUACACGAAUAUCCCUCUGAAUUCCUCUGGACCAUUUGGACUAAACCCUUUUGAAGAAUACUCAUAAUUUUAUUUCAGGAAUGAGUUAGCUAGUAAAUAUAUGGGUCCAGCUGAGAAUGCACAAUGGGAACAGUAGGAAUGGUCACUGGCUGAUGAAAACUGGCUCAAGAGCAUUCAUUUGGCCCACGAGAUCAAAGAAACCAGAGUUUUUUCAGGAAGCCAUCAUGAGUCAUGGAAAACAAGCUGAUGACACCCAUAAAAACAGUAAUGGAAUGCUUCCUCUCCUUGUUUAUCUAUCAUUAUACAACUACAGUGGCCUCAAGAUUUUGAUAUUGAAAGGAACCGAAAACCAAGGUCAAGGAUGAAAAUCCUUUCUCUCAUUAGCCCACAUUGCAGAUUCUGAUUUGAUAGGUUUCCUAUACAGAGGGAUUGUUUCUAUUUGGCAAAUUACUUAAGAGGGCCUGGGUUGUUUGUUAAUGUAUUUGUUUGGAUUUAUAAAUUUUGUCUCCUUUUGGCACUGAGGAUGCUUUAAAAAAUUCAAAGAUACCAAAAUCAAAUGACUUUAAGUGAAAUACUAAGUGAAACUUGAAUAUUGAAACAUAAUAGCAAAAUGUUUCUUCUGAUUCUUUCAGCGUUCAUAUUAUUUAUAGCUAUCACUGAUGUCAAGAGUAGUUAUAGUUAUCAAUUACAAUAAGAGCACAUAUAGACAAUUUUUAACAUUGAAAAAUAUAAAAACACCUUUCCAGAAUUCAGGUGGAA